AUGGCACUUCUGGGGGAUGACAUGUUUGGCUUUUGCCUCCGGGAGCCACCUGACAUUCGCGGAAUUCCCGGGCUACGGCUGCGCCUCCGCAAGAAGCAGGAGCUUCAGCUGUUCGAGGCCAUGGCACAGCUGCAGAAGAAGGCGCAGCGCCGCGCAGAGGCCAUGAGCGCCUGGGGCCGCUGGACGCGGCGACGGGCCCAGCGCCGGAGGCUGCUGCGAGGCCACUUGCAGAACUGCCUCCGGCCGCGGCUGCUGCGCAGAGUGCAAUCGGCCUGGGCGCUUCACACACGCCAGCAGCAGAGGAACCAGGCCACACUGCAAAAGGCAAAGGUCAUCCUGGACCUGUCCCUCAAGAGCCGCAGCUUCCGUGGCUGGCUGGGCUGGAAGCAGUGUGCGACCCAAGGCGUGCAUCAGCUUAGAGGUGUGGCCAGAGGCCUCGACCAAGACUUGUUGGCGUCGCAGCUGCUGGCCUGGCAGAAAGCCGCCAGGAGGCGCGGCCAGGAGCGGCGAGCGCUGGAGACGCUGAGCAGCGGUGCUGAAAGGCUGCUGCAGAAAGGCGCCUUGGCGCGGCUGGGCGGCUUCGCCGCUCUGCAGAGGCGCUGGGCGGAGGCCUCGCAGGAGCUGGCGCGGCGCGGCGGCAGAUGCCUGGGCCUUCGCGCACUUUGCUUCUGGCGCCUUGCGGCCACGCAAAGGCGCCAAGGAAGGCAGACUCUGGGAGGCCUGCAGGGGCGCCUGGACACCGAGCUGGGCCUUCGGAGUAUCACCGCCUGGCGUUUGGCCGCGCAGCGGCAGGUGGAGGAGGCAAAGGCCAUUGACACGCUGGCGAGGGGCCUGGGACGUCUGCGAAGCGCAGGCGCCCUGGAGCGCUUGAAGUCGCAGGCCGCCUUUGCACAGCACCUGGCGCGGGUGGAGAUCAAAGGACGCCGGGCGGCGGACGGGUACGAGGUGCCCCUGGACGCCUGCGGGGUGCCGCUUGGGACGCCGCACAGGGCCGUGCGCGUGUGCUGCGGGGAGCUCCAGGGCUCCUUUUGGGCACUGCCGGAGUUGGACAACUCGGACCAGUUGGAGCUGCCACUUUGGGCGGCUGCUUUAGUGCAAGAUGACCAGGAGGCGGAGGUGGAGCCCUUGGAUGACAGCUCGGCGCUGCCCGCGGAUCUGGAAGGCCCUUGGCCGGGUCCCUUCCUGGAACCGGUGGUGCUGGGCAUGGCUCAGCUGAAGCCGGCGCUGCGGCGCCAGCUGAGCCGCCGGCCCUCCACGCAGCUGGGGGACACAGUGGCGGCGCGGCUUCUGGGCUUUGUGUGCCUCUUCAAGGUCUGCGAGGUGCGUGUGGCACCGGACGGCGACUGGCCACGCCUGCGGCAGGCACCGCUGGAAUCGGCGCUCGAAUCCGCGGAGGUGCAGCUGGCAGCGGCAAAGUGCCAGGAGAUGCUGCAAGAGCACCAGGCGCUCUUGUGCGAGAGCGGGCCCUCGGGGCGUGAGGUGCUCGCUUUCCUAGCGGCACUGCGUGAACUCGCUGACCGCCCGCUGCUUUUCUUUCCACUGGUGGAGAUGCUGUGGCAGAGCUUGCAGCAUGGCUUGAUCCGCACCUUCACGAGCUUGCUUGAGAACUUCCUGGCCCACCUGCUGGAGGGCCCGGCGGUUCUUUACCUUGGCCCCCUUGAUGGCCCCUUGCCCACGGAGAAUUUGCAGGAGGCCUGGUGGCCCUUGCGUCGCCCGGGGCUGCAGCUGCUAGGCAGCUGCCGCAUCCAAAGCGCUGUUCGCCCUGCGCUGCGGGCCCUCUUCGAGACCACGGCCUCUCUGGACCUGCGCGCGGCACCCUCAAAAGGAGCGGCUCCUGAGAAGGUGGACCUGAUUGGCCAGGAGGAGAUGAAGCGUGAGCUGGCCGCCACGGUGCUGCAAUACUUCACGUCAGCCGAGAUGUUCCACCGCCUGGGGUUGGCGUGGCCCCCGCGCACCUUGGUCCACGGCCCCCCUGGCUGUGGCAAGACUCAGCUGCUGCGGUGGCUGGCGGCUGAGGUUCAGAAGCUUGAAAUCUUCGUCUUGUGGCUACGGCCAGCCGACAUUUGGUCGCGGUACCUCGGGGAGAGCGAGGAACGCUUGCGCGCCGCCUUCAGCAGAGCAGCGGAGCACGGCCGCACUGGCGGGGCGCUGCUUCUCAUCGAGGGCCUAGAUGAGUUCGUUCAGCCGAAGCAGUCCGAGAGCAGUUUUCAGAAUCGCCUCACGGCGACUUUGUUGACUUUGCUCGACGGCAUCGAUGCCCCAGUGCAGCCGGGUUCGAUGGGCCUGGCGAUUUGCGCCACCUCCCGGGUGCCGGCAGAGGACUUGGACAGUCGCCUCACGCGGCCCGGGCGCAUGGACCGCUGGCUCCGGCUGCUCGGCAAAAGGGAGGGAUGA